AUGAAGAGAAUAUCUUGCAGUGUAUUCAUCAUUCUUCUAAUUCAGCAAAUUUGUGCAGCGACACACAAGAAAUAUGCAAAAGGUGAGUGGAAAUUGUUACGUUUUAACGCUGCUAAGCGUAAGUCGAAACUCUCAGUUCUUAGUGUGUUUAUAACAAUUACCCUGGAUUUUUCUCCGAUACAGGUCGCACACUGUUACCUAGAGGUAUCUCCAACAACAAUGGUCGCAUUGAGUAUGAGAUGACAAUCGUAGAGCGAGUGAAUCGCCUCGGAAAACGCUAUUCGCCUAACAAACAUUUUGUAAGAUACGAACACAACGGAUGGGGGAUGGCCACAGUUUAUUAUAGACUUGCCGCGUUUGGUCAAACUUUUCGAUUCCGAUUGGAGCGCGACGCGAGCUUUAUAUCGCCUGCACUUAAUGUAGAGCAUAUAUACAGUGAUCUUAGGAGGCUCCCAUUCUCUGGGAAUUUGCAGCACUGUUUUUAUCUUGGGAAAAUCCAGGGAGAGCCAAAUUCUACUGCCGUGUUUAAUUUGUGCAACGGUCUUGUAAGUACCUUUGUCCUGUUUACAUAUGUUGUUAUAAUUGAUGUUUUAAUUCGCGCUUUGAAUUUUAUACAACCCCGCAGCGCUGUGAAUGUACUGUAUCACUCAGGUGGUGUUCCUGUUCCUUACCGCUCACCGCUCCGUAAUUUUAAUUCGAUUUAGAAUAAUUCCAUGUGAUUCUCAUUCAUGUGAUGAAAACAUUUGGAAAAAUUAUCAUUUUGUGACCGAUAGCGGUAUAGUCUUUUAUUUAUGUACUCAAUUAACGGGGCCUGUCCGACCGACUUUCAGCCAGGGACAUGUAAAUUGACACGUUUAUAAACACUGUGAGUUGAAAACUCUUUACACUGGUUAGUCCUGUGAAGAGAAUUUUGUAUUAAAUGAACGGAAUCUAAUCCAGAGUUUAUUUCACUCGGGAUAAUUUUGAAAUACAGUUUUUUCAAGGACUCGGGUUAGUUAUGGUUGCCAUUUCAGAUUUUUGGAUUAACAGUUCUACCGGAAGUGGUUUCAUUCGGUAAUGACCCCCUGGAAAUCAAUACUAACAAUUUUUCACAACUCACGCGUUCCCGUCUUGAUGGCGACACCUUUUGCAACUUCAAAUACAUAUGAAAAAAAGAAUUACACUGUCCUUAUUAUACUAAAACCGCUGGUACAUGGGUAUUUAAUUAGCCAAAAGAAUGUCGAGUGACCACUUCCUCCGUUAAGCAUAUUAAUCAUGAAAAACAAACAAGUUUGGGUUUAUGCAAAAUCCCCCUGAAACGCGCGAAGAUUUUAUUUUCUUUUUGAUUUUUGUUUUGAAGAGUGAUAGUUCUAGGUUAAAUUCUGAUCAUAAGGUAACCAGUUUCUCUCCUUCUACAGCAUGGUUCGUUCGUUUCAAGUGGUCAACGCUAUUUAAUCGAACCUGCUGAAGAACGGAACACAAAAAUACACGCGCAUCUCAGGAAAUUCCAUAUCGUAUUUCGUCAUUCUGCUCUUAAAGACGAUGUUAGCAAUGCUCCGUCGACAUGUGGACUUGUGGGUAAGUUUCAUUUACAUUACACACGAUCCGUCUGUGCGUACAAUACGGUUAAAAAGAAGUAAAAUCAACCCGCAAUUAUGCACGUUUUCCGCAAUACAGGAAAUUUAUCUUGCUUCAAAGUACAACUAUUCUAUAUCUACCUUGAUAUGAGUUAUGACAAAAAGUGCAUUUUACGUCACAUCAUGUCGUGUGCCAAAUCAGAUAGGACACUGUGAGAUCGACUUCAGUUAAUACAAAUAAAUACGCCUUUCAACCUUGCUGGAUUGCUAGCGAAUCAGACGUUUCCGAUUUGUUUGUUUUACGCGCGAAGAGUGUAUACAGUAACUCUUGCCUUGCAUCUGCUUUAUUAUAGUGCACAAAUCUGCAAAAGAGGAAAAUUAAGCUCUUAUUUUGGUGAGUUUCUUUGCGCAGCUAACUGUACCUUAAUACGAGUCGACUUAAUGUCUCUCUCUGCCGUGUGUGUGAUAGCGUGGGAACGCUGCAGAGGUUGAGGCACACUUGACAUGGAUAGGUUGUCGCGGUCGACACUGAAACAAGGUUGUCUUAGAAAUCUCUGACGUAAAACUUGACAGUGUUCCUGUAAGUCAACCCGCAACGACACGAUACGAUCAACAAACUAACCCAUGAAAGUUUAGUUUUCGUUUUGGCUGUCUGAAAACCAUAUCUUUUGGAUUUCAUUUGUCAGUGCCUUUCCUUUCUUAAAGAGGGCGUUUUAUUGCUUCAAUAUAGCAAAAAUACAGUUGUGUUACGUCAGAAACAGCCUGCAAAUUGGAUCAAGAAAUUCCUCUCAAUUCUUUUCAGCAAGUGGUUAAUUGCCAUCUGUUAUAGAACGCAGAGACGUAUUUAAGCUCUGUGCGAUGGCGAAAUGUCACUUCUGUUUGGUCAUUCCUUAAUGACAGAAGGUUACGAAUUUUUCAGAUUUUCCGAAUACUAUCUUGUUCCAUAAACACAUUUUUCGGUGUUCCUGCUCAACCGGUGACUCCUGCUAUUAGUGAACUCUUUAAAAGCCUCACAGUCUGCUUCUUGAACGCGGUUGAUAAACGUAAAGAACACGCUCAUAACCUGAUGUAAUUUAAUUAAUAUUUCACUUUGAAAACCAAAGAAUUUUGCGAAUUUGCAAAUUGUUUUACAAUUUUCUUUUUGUCAUAAACACAGCAUGAAGAAUAAAGAAAUUGACGUAUCACUCCAAUGCUCAAUCAGACUCGCCUAAAAAAUGAGGUCACGUCAAAUUUAAAGAUAUUAACAAUAAUUACUUGUGGCCACAUUUAUUUUGUUGAAUAGUGUUACGAUCUUCGUGUUCACGGUGAGCAUUCCAUGUCACGUUUAAACAGGAUUAACCUGCAAUAACGAACGGUCGAAACGUAACUCCUUGUUAUUAAUGCUUUCGUGAUCGAUUUUAAAUGACGUUAGUCAGAUGCUUAAUUGCAAGUCAUAUCCUCUUGUCACGCAUUGCCCUUUGCUUGUCAUGCAACGCUUUGAUCACUUUGAUCCAGUGGCAAACAGCUGAGGAAUGCCUUUUCAAUCAAUUCUUUUAGCAGUGCGGCCAGCCUUUGGUUUCUUGAGUGAAUUGUAGGACAUUUUCACUCAGGUGUAAGUCUUCUGAUGAAAUUUUCUGUCGGAGUUCUUCAAAGUUUUGCACUCAGUUGGCUUCUUACAAAUUGUUAUGUACACUCUUAUGCCCUUAUAGUUAUGUGCCUCUUUUGCGCACUGCGCACGUUUUUAUUGCACUUCUUUGCGCACUCUGUAAUGUAUUGCCCCUAGAUGAGCGCUGUUUUGUUGACUUCUGUGCGCACGAUUUUAUGUGCGCUCGCUGUCAUUUUAUGUACUCUCUUAGGCGCGCGCUGUUAUGUACGCUCCUAAGUGCGCGCUGUUACUUUCACUUCUGCGAAGUGCUAUUCUUUACAGUUAUGAAAUAAUUUAAAUGAUGUUUAUUUGUUUCUUAAGGUUCGCCAUAAUUUCUUAGCUCGUAAACAAACUGUAUAUCUGUAAUCAUAUGAUAUGCAGACAAAAUUGCUCUCCACUUGGUCUCAGAACCAUUAUUGAUUGUUGAUAUGCAUGAUAUCCAUGAGGAUCUCAGAUUCUUCACAAGAUCACAAUGGUGAUCUCGUUAGAUUCAUGAGGAUGUUAAAAGCGACUCUGUAAAUAGCGGUGGUGAACUCAUGCUAUUCCUAAUUGUGAAUCAGUUAACCUUCUUGCUCUCGUGUAUAAUGCACCAAAGCAUUUUAAGGUAAACUGUCUUUCCUACCCAUAAAUGGUGGUGUAAAUCAGGUAAAGUUGUGGAAAAGGAGAUGCGUUUUUUUUUUUUAAUCUUCGGCCUCACUUGAAUUUUCCUACGAAGGCUUCAGCUUCGAGCCUUUUCACAACUCUCAGCAUUUGGAGUAAUUACCCCCAACAGGAUUACUUUAUAUACUUAAGGCAAAAUGAUUGAACUUAAUUUUCCAUAACACGACACUGCUUUGACUCUGAUUUUAGACACCAACAAACCUCUCCCGCAUUUACGUGGGCAGCCACAACGCCCCAUCAAUGAAAGCUAUACGAGGAAAAGACAUAAAAGAAGCCUCGGUGAGAGCUUCGUCGAAACAUUAGUGGUUGCUGAUAAAACUAUGGUUGACGCUUUUGAUAGCAAAGCCGAUUUGGAAAGCUACAUUAUUACUCUGAUGGGUGUGGUAAGUAACAUAUUAUCGGAAUCAGUUAUCAAUUAUUUCUCUUCUAUUAACCUUCUUAAAGUACGGCCAAACGUACAUUAAGUAAUGGCACACCUACCCUCCCCCCCCAACCCAAUAACAGUCAACUGGUGACAAAGUUUGGUUAAAGUUGGAUCAGGGAUAGGUGCGCAGUUGCUAAGAUAGUGAAAUUGAUCCGUUUUUUCUUUUAAGUGUGAAUAGCUACUUUCUAGGGAGUUGACGACUUUUGUUUUAAAUAUUUUUUCCGUAGUGAGGGAUAUUUCGGUUUGUAUCCUUCUGUGGACAGCGGAAACUUAUACGUUUAUUAGGGAAUCAUACCGUCACAAGUCUUUUUUUUCAAUGAUCAAUUGGUGCCAAAAAAAUAUUGUAUUAAUCGUUAUGGAAAGGAAGUAAAAGUAAGAGAUAAGCGAAGAGAGAGGCAUCACGCGAAAUCUUCGCGUUGCACAUACAACUGUAUGCUAGAUUUGAAAUUCCUCGUUUGGUAUGAAUUCUCGUCUCCAAAUAAGUUAAGUCCACGACGCACUGAACAUAAAAGUAGCUCCUUUACAAGUCGCUUUGUACAUCAUGCUCUGAGGAAAACGCUUUGUAACUGUUCAAAUUUCUCUGCAAUUCGUCACACACACAAGGUGUAAAAAGCAGAGGUGCACAAUUGUUAAGAACAAGUGUAUCGUUGAAUUGCGUAGACUUCUUGAGGAUAUUUUAAAGUUUAUCGCUCACUCGUGAUUUGUCAAUUUGCCUGCGUAUUAGUAAUAUCGCAUGACCUUAGAUUCUCAUGUUUGAAGUUAGCAAAUAAGAACUGCUUUUUUGAUCUUGUUCGCGCCGCUAUACCCGGUCUUUCCCACGAUAGCCUCCUAUCAGCCCUGACGCAGAACGUGUCAUGUGUUUUACUUGUAUAAUUCCUUGUGAGACUUGUGGUAUUCUUAAAACCAACGGCAGGUAGUCUCCUCCUUUCCUGUGCAACGCGAAAGGAUAAAACGAUUGCUAAGGGGGCUUGAGGCUCGGCAAGUGACUGCGAAAUAUGAUUGAGUACAGAAGAAUACGGGCUCGUUAUGGAGGUCUGAUCGAUUUCCUUACGUUUAUUCGCAAUUUAUAAUGGAAACAAACCAUGCGUUUCACCAUUCCAACGGUAGCUUCUUCGUUACUAGAGACUGAGAGUUUUUGUUGCGUAUAGAGUGCGAGCAGACCCUCCUUUACCGCGAAGUCCGUCGCGUGAGUCAAAGAAAAAAAAUGAUGCUAGGACCUCAGAAUUGCGCGCUGCGCGCUGACAUCAUUGAAUUUUUAUUUUGACAAGUGCGAUGGACUUCGCCAAAAAGCAGAGAAUGCUCGUAAAAAAUUUGAAAAAAUUGAUGCCAGGGCCUCAGAGUUCCGAGCUGGGCGCUGACAUCGCUGAUUUGUUUUUGACCAGCGCGACGAAAUUCGCAAAAAUGAGGGAACUGCUCGUAAUUUAUGUUGCGUUGGCUUCAUUGUUAUACUUAAUACAUUUUUUUAGAUUCUUGACGAUUUUUUUCUCUUUUCUUGAACAGGUUGCUCAAAUUUAUCGCGACAGAAGUAUUGGCUGCGCUAUAAACAUUGUUGUAGUGAAAAUAGCCUACCUGGACACCAACAACGUAUGGAUCUUAAAUUAAACCAAACUUUUAACCCUUUACACUGUAACAUCACUAUGCAUAUUCUCCACACUGUUCUCUAUACAUUUCCUAAGGUGCUGACAAGGAGAAUUUGUUAGAUAAUCAAGAACUUCUUCAGUUAGUGAUCUUUCCUUCAUUCUCGUGAUUUGAUGCUUGAUUUAGAAGUGAAAUUUAAAAGAUAAAUUAGAUGCUAAUAGCGGAGCUCGCAGAGCGUAGCCCCAUAAUUAUACAAAAUAGUAGUAAUCCAUCAAGCCGAAAAAAAUUGGAUUUAACAUGCGUGGUCAACUGUAUCGCGGGCACGCCAACGUCACGGCUUUGUUCAGUGGUCCAGUGGUCAAUGCACAGGGCUCCGAGUCGGGCGACCCGGGUUCUAGUCCUGGCCGGGGCAAGGCGUUGUGCCCUUGAGACGUGCGGGAAAUAAAAAGGCGAGCUCCGCUUUUAGGCUUGGCUAAAUCUAUAUAUUAACUCUUACGGGUUUAAGGGUUAAAGACGUCCAGUUGUAAUGUCUCGCGGUUUGCAUUUUGAACCAUGUAAAACUAUCACCAGUUGAGGGAAACCAAGAAAAAGCAAUGCGGGAGCAAGGAUUAAAAUCUAUUAUGAGAAGAAAAAUUUUGAAUUAUUUUAAUUUUAAAAAUCAGAGCCUUUACAGUCAUUUCAUCGCUGUCACGAACCACUGAAAAUUCAUAAUUGCACCUAAGUGGCGGGCAAAAUGGAAACUCCCUUUAGAAGUGUCCUCACUCCUAAGAGUGACCAAGAUGGAAUUUCUUCUCCCGUUAUCCAUAUCUUUUCGAGCAAAUUUGAGAAGAAAGAACAACAUUAACCAGGGAAUAUUGUUUGAAUUAACAUCGAACCGCCAGAGUUAAAACUAGAAAAAUUGUAUAAUUGAUUGAGUGGAAAAUUGAUAUUUAGUUUCUGGGAUUGAAAAAUAUUGAAAUGGCGACUGUGCCGUGGCGCUGAGGGCUGCUGAAAAAAAUUCGAGAGAGAUCUUCCCAAUGCACAGAAAACGAAGGAAGUGGUAUAAACAGCAGGAAAACUCCGUAGAGCGAUUUCCUGUUUUGUUUAAUCAGACCACAAAUGCAGUGAAGAAUACCGGACGUCUGCACUGGAAGUGAAUCGCAUGUUUCAUCUUGUUUGAAUUUUAAGAACACGCACAUCUUAAAAUUUAGCCAAGCAACGAGAGCAGAUAAACUAGGGUUUCCAACGUUCUUAGAGGAAAAAAAUAAUUAAAAGAAAGACACUCCUUUUCAACUGGUUGGCCUGGAGAAAUUUGCCAAAGUGGUGGGGUCUUUACUACGAAUGAGUAUUAUUUCAUCUGUAACAAACGCAUAUGCUUCUAGUCACUACUUUCAACAAAAAACGGGAGAAACUCCUGUAGUAAAUGACCAAAAGGUUUGAUAGGCUACUUACAAUGGCCAAACGCGUUUGCAGUGUUCGUAAAUAAAUGAUUGUCUGUUUUAUUGAUUUCAGCCUGGUUUCCAUAUUUCGUUAGACGCAAGGCGAACUCUGAAAAGUUUCUGCCGCUGGCAGAAGAAACAUAUGAUGUCAGAAGAGAGUCAGUCUGACCGCCACGAUACCGCCAUCUUGUUAACGAGGUAAAAUUUUUUGUCAAUAUCGGGAAUGUAUUUUGGUCAUUUGUAUUUGGAAAUGUGAAUUUCAAAUGUGCAAGAGCAUGUACAGACUUGGAGAAGGACAGGGAAAUUUUGCAUGCAAAGAAAAAAAAAAGUCGCGAGCAGUUCUUUCACUCGGAACAGCCGCGUUGGUAACAUGAAAAAACACAAACAUCCCUUGCUCUUCCGGAGUAAAACAUUUGGCUGGCACUAAACGGAGUGAAUGAUGUACUGGUUGAAAACACACCCGUCGCCCACGCAAAGCACCUGAAACAUGAAAAAAAAAGGUUUAAAAGAGAAAGAAAAAGAGGGAAAGAAAAGGUUAUGUUGGUACCAAGCGCCGAAGAACACUAAAGAGACGCGAUGGAAAGCGUUGUUAAACGCAAGCAGUAAGCUCAAAACUUCCGAAAACAAGUGUAACAUGCCAGAAACGUGAGAAGUGUUCGGAAAGUGAAGUGUAAAGAAAAAGCUGAAUAAGAAAAAGAGAAGCUCGAUUUACGAGAUGUUACAUGUCCUGGAGUUUAGAAGAGCUUACGAGACACGAAGCUAAAACUGUCUUAAUAAGCUUUAACAUUAUGUUUGUAUGAACUAGCUGUAGUAACUUUUCCUCAGCAGCUGAUCAACUCAUUGUUUUACUUUGGUUUUUUCUAAGGAGAGAUAUCUGCAGAUCGCCCGGGAAGUGUGACACAUUAGGUAAUCUGAACUUACAACAUUUAAGAAAUCUCGCCAGUGACAAAUGAGCUCGUUUUCCUUUUAAGAAGGAGUAUUAAACAUUGGUGGUACACAGCGAUAUUGGUCGAAGUUGUCAGAUCACGGGAGCCAAACACCCUUUUGCGCAGCUUGCGAGCAAGCCCUAAUUAUUAUUAUUAUUAUUAUUAUUAUUAUUAUUAUAUUUUUAUCGCUUUAAUCAUCUGGGCCUGUUCGCAGGCUUCUUUUUCCGCAGUCGACCCAAUUGUCGAUCAAUGAUAAAGUUGUGCUUACCACAAAGUAUCUGUGGAGACAAUACCCCCUUAAUUUGUUGUUCUCUGUGUUAUCAUUCCUGACAAGGUGUACUGAUGUCUUUGUUAUUCCAGGUUUUGCAGAGCUUGGAACCAUAUGCCAAGCAUCGAGGAGUUGCUCCUUGGCAGAGGACAAUGGACUAAGCACAGCUUAUACUAUAGCACACGAACUGGGUCACGUGUAAGUUAACAAAUUUUUAAAGAGAAUUUAAAUUUAAGAGAGAACGUUCAGUCAGGAGGCUGAAACAACUCACAACUUAUGUUAUAACAUACUUCUCACACCUCUUGAGGGAAGAUGAGGUCAACACAGUAAAUGGUAAAGAUCUAUGCUUCCUUAAAUUCAAGUACAUUCGACACAGUUGAAGCAUUUUCCAAUCAUGGAAAGCACCCUCCAUGCUGGCGAGACGGUGUUGUCCUUCUCUAGCUCCCCCCCUCUUCCAUCUCCUCCUUUGUUCCUUCUCCUUUUCCUCCUUCUCCUUCUUCACCUCCCUUAGAACCCUUUCUUUUUUUCGCUAUCUCCCCUUCAACUCUCCGCCACCCUUUCUUCUGUCUCUAUCUGCGUUUCAUCUUUUCCUCUCCUUAUCUCUUUACUUUAAGUUCCCAUUCAUCUCAACCUAUCCACUUCCUCCUUUAAAGGUUCGUUGUAUCAACUGAGUUGACCUCUGUUACCUUUACCUAUUUCUUUCAAUACAUUAGAUUCAGUCUUCCUCAUGAUGGAGAUAACAACCUAUGCACACGGAGCAGGGGAGAUCAACAUCUGAUGGCCCAGCCAUUAAGCUUUGACACCAAACCGUGGUCUUGGUCAAGCUGCAGCCGAGAAAAGAUCACAAGGUUCUUAGAGUAAGUAACAAAACUAGUUUCAGUUUAAUGCUUUAACAUGUCGGUUGCGACAAUAAAUGACUGUGAAUAUAUGACAAUCAUAUAUGUGAACUGCGGAUUAGGAAAUAAAUCUAAAAGUGAUCUUCGCAGUAAUGAACACUUCUUAAGCAGUCCUGAAAGUAAGGCCUGAAAAAACUUCAAGCCUGUACGGGAUUUGAACCCAUGACUUCUGCUAUACUGGAGUAGUGCUCUACCAACUGAGCUAACUAACCAACUAGGAGCUGGUCAUUAUGUUGGUUCGUAGUAAACCCGUGCCGGACCCGUAAACUCGUGAGGUGUCUCCUGAAUAGAUCAGCUUCAUUGAUCUGUUUGUAGCUGUAACUUACUUACCUUGCAAUCGUCUUUAUUUCAGAUUAGGGUAUGGAUCUUGCCUAGAAAAUAAGCCUAAUGAAAAAAAUCAAUCGAAGUAUCAUGGCACUCUGCCGGGAGAAAUGUACAGCGUGGACAAACAAUGCCAAUUGAUAUUUGGAGAGGAAUCCAGGGUUUGUCCAUAUAUGGUACGUAAUGUUGACAAAAAAUUUUAGCCUUUUGUAGGAAGUUUUCUCAAUAUUUUCUUGUGAAAAGUAUACGCAAGGCAAGGAUUUGCAAAGAAUAUUUAAGAUUUUGUUUGCGAGGCACUGUGCCUUAGCUUCUGUUCCUCUCUACUUUCUAUAAGGAACCUUGCAGACGCCUGUGGUGCGUCAAGAUGAUUGGGAAAAGAAAAGGCUGCUCCACCCAUCACACGCCAUGGGCAGAUGGGACGCCGUGCGCAAAAAGGAAGGUAAAUUCUCCUAACUUACCGUCAUAGAUCUCUGUCUGUGCUAGUAUUGAGAGUUUGAUAUUCCAUCAUUACAAUAUCACUUCUUUGAUAAUGAUCUUAAUUCUAACCAGCUGUCUGCCUUACAAAGUUUUGUUAGUAACUGAAAGAAGACUCUACAUGCCUAUCUAUAUGCUUAUCUAUUUUGGUAUCUUCCCAAGCCUCAGAAACAAAUUUUGUCUUUUUUGGUCAACCCAACAUUUUAAGUUCGCAAAUCUCGACGUAGAUGACUUGUGACAACGAAUUCGUUUACGAAAGAGAUUAAAAACAGUUUAUAAUCUCUUGGCUUACGAGUUCACAGAAACUUAACCCACUGAAAUGGAACACUUCCAGUUUCCCUCGUUUGUUAGUCUGCUCCACGUGUCUUCUUUCCAAUUGAAACUCACGCGCACCUUUGGUACUCUAACAAUUAACACGUUCCUUAAGUGACGUUUGCCAAAUCGAAUCCGUUGAAACAUGCUGUCAUAAACUAAACCUAAUCAUGAGAAGGCUGUGAUUGAGGAUCAUCGCUUACUUAACACAAUCAACCAUGUGUGAACUUCCCGUAAACUUUGUACAUACCAACCAAUUUUUCGCUUGCGUUGGUUGUCUGAUGUUCCCGGUCGUAUACGAAAUGUUCUGAUUGUAUCGCUAAAUAACUAUUAUCGAUAAUUGUAAAGUGUAAUUAAGCACAUUAAGCGUUACGUCACUAAGACUAAUUAACUAGUUCGCUGCUAAAUGGUGAAGACGUACGGACGGACCAAUUGAUUUCGAACCGUACCAACCGUACCAAUAUAUUGUCAACCAUACAAUAAAAAGGUUUGAAUCACCGCAUCGUACGCUCAUCAUUAUACUGAUGAUUUUUUUCUUGUAAAAAAAAUAUUUCAAAAAUACUUCGAUUUGAUUUUCCUUAAAUUAUUUUGACCGUGUCGAGAUAACUGCCGUUUUUGUGUGUGUUGUGCUAUCUAACCUUAGAGGGGGAAAAAAGUGAUAUAUGAGUUCGGAGGAAUAAGCAACUGCAAAAAUAUUAAUUUCAUCAAGACAGAUUAAGAAUAGCGUGGGAUGGUGAAGAUAGCGACAGACCGCGCACGACCUUCUCAAGAUUCGCAAAUAGGGAUCGCUUAUUUACUGUUAAGUUUGUGAUAGACGAAGGUACUGACAAAACAGCUCUCUGUUAUCAAAUAAUAAUUUUAGACAUUUUAUCAAAUUACUAGAACUCAUUUCUACAGAUCUUACUAGAUCUUUGUAAAUGAUAUGUUCCUUUUUUAUGUUUUCAUUUUAUCAUCAGAUACCCGUGUUUGAGUUAUUUCCUCUUCUACGUUUUGAUUUUCACCGGUUACCAACUUGAUUUCUUCAACUUAAUUUGCCUUUUAAUAUUUAAAUACUGUUGUUUGUUUGUCAUCGCUUUCUACAAAUGAAAUGUUCGCAUUUCGUUCUUCCCUCAGAAUAUUUCCGAUUUUAUUUUAGAGUGAAAAACCACAAAGGUGUUGACUGUAUCGAAUACAUCAAUUCACUCAGAAAACAUAUCAGUCGUUCGGACAUUUUUCCUAUGCUCUCAAGAUCUGAGCAUAUCCUCUUGUUUGAAGAUGAUUUUUCAGUUAUAUUAAAGAUAAUCCUAUAAAACGAAGACCUUUCAAAAUAAAUCUCUUAAUUAGUGACAAAUUGAUACCUCUUCAAUCUUUCAAAAACACGAUAUUUUAAACUUGUAUCUACAUUGUGAAAACUUUGGGACAACUAUUGUUACUUGAACCAAAAGCUGUUUUCGUUGGCUGCAAGUAGUUUACAUACAUUUCAUAUCCUUUUAAAACUGUGCGCUCUCGAUGUUGCCCACAUAACAGGGUCGCAGGUCAAAAUCAUAAGCCGAUUAAGUUUAAUAUUUGUCUUCCUAAAUUGCAGCGGAUACAAAUUCUUCCAUGUCAAACACGUUCAUAUUUAACCAGGAGAAAAUAAUAAACCCAUUAUUUUCUUUUGGUGUAACAUAAUAUACAACGGGACGGAUGUUUCGCAGGGAAAGUUGCCUUCUAAUUAGGCCAAUUCGAUGGCGGCAGAUUGUUCCUUACUUGGAAGUGCUGCGCAAAAACUUCUUGUUCCUUCUAAGGACUUAAAGGAAGGUCCUAUCAUACCCUUCGUUAGGACAUCUAACCCCCCUGUUAUGUAAUCAGAAUUAUGGCAAUAAAAAAUAUUUAUUCACUUUUAGUACACCAGAUUUCUUAGUCUAGAAAGUUCUAACGUAGUUACCCAGGCAACGUGUAAUACUAGUCUAUGCACAUUGAAAGGACACCAGAAUUUUGCACAAAGAUUAAUACUGCGUCGCUCCUUCCCUCUCUCAUAAAAUUUGUGAUUUUGCAACAAGCCAACUUCUUUUUCAGAUCUCUUUUAUUUUAUAAUAUUUAGAUUGCUUCUAUCACGAGCGGUCUUCACGGUGAUAUUCUCGUUAACAACCACCACACAAAAAGUCGAAUCGCUUCACGCUUUAAGAAUCACUAAACUUUUUUCAAUCGACACUCAUCACGGGAUUACACCUUAUACAUUUUAACACUUCACAACCUUUUCCAACAAAAAUAAUUACUUGUAUCAUAAAGUCGUUAACAAAUAAGUACUAGAUUCAUUACAAAAGAAACCGUCUUCCUUUAAAUUUUUUCCAUAACGAGGGUGUAGAAUUAAGCGAGCUAUCUUUAACUCUUCACUCGAGGUGGACCAAGGAAGAAGCUCGACUACUUAAAUGGAAUUUAUCAAAAAUAAUUCUUAACUAAAAUUUCUUAGUUAACUGGCCAGUAUGAACAUUACAAUAUUGCAAAAAGAGUAUAACAGAGUCUCACGGGGCUAUGUAAAUUCAUUUAUGACCAUGCCCGCAUUAACGCUGCUAUCAGUGGGAUGUUUUAGUUGUGUCACCUUUGCUGGAAAAUAGUUUGUAAUGUAUGUUGGACAUGAGUGACGGGAGGUGUUGUAUCGUGACGCGAAAGGGUUGCUUCAUUAUUCUCCUUCUCUAGCCGUCAGUCUGUGACGUCUCAAAGAUCAGCUACAUAGGACACUUCAAUUGCUGAUGUGAAGUUUUUUUUACCUGUCUCAGUGGUGCAUCAAAGGUCAGUGUGUGAUGAAACGAAAAUUGAAACCAGUAGACGGUGGCUGGGGACCAUGGGGUUCCUUCAAUGAAUGCACAAGAAAAUGUGGAGGAGGGGUUUCCUUCGCAUACAGAAAGUGUAACAAACCAAUGUAAGUACCCAACUAAUUUCUUCAUCUAAUCACGAAACUCUUAUCGUGCCAUUUAGCUUAGUUACUUAUGUCACGCACAAUUUACAUUAGCGAUAAGCGGACGCCGAUGUUCACUUUGCUCGUAAUAGAAAGAGAAAUAGGACUUAAGCUUGGAACAUAAUUCUUGCCAUGUUAUGCAGUUUUAGAAUGUUUUGAUCUUUCAAAACAACUUGUUAUCAAAGGGCAAUGGACCUUUAUCUUAUUUUUCAGCCCAGAAAAUGGAGGUAAAUACUGCGUUGGAAAGCGAAAACGUUUUGUGUCAUGCAAUGCUCAGGUAAGAAUGUUGCAAUGUGAUAUAUUUCAUCAAGUGUUUCCACUUAUUGAUAGGCAGUCGUUCUUGCCUUGUGCCCGUCACCUUAACGCAAGUGUUGUUGGGUUGUUAUAUUGGCAGGAAUGUCCACCAGGGUCACCGGAUUUCCGAGCCUUGCAAUGUGUGAAUUUGCAUGGGCGACGUCUGAGUAUUGGGUCGAGGAGUUUCAGACCGAUUCAGUGGCUGCCAAAAUAUGCUGGAAGUAAGUGAGAACUUCACGUUAAGUUUAUGAAGUUUCUAAUUGUACUAGUUCUUUUCUAACUGGCUGUAUGUAUUGUCCUGAUACAGUUCGCAAAGAAAAUCAAUGCAAGCUGUACUGCCGCAUGGCUGGAACCGCAAUUUAUUUCAAACUGAAAGACAAAGUUAUUGAUGGGACCCCUUGUAAUCAAGAGACCAAAGACAUCUGCGUGGAUGGCAAAUGUUUGGUAAGUUACACAUUUUACAAAAAUGUGAUAUACGAGUUAAUGACGACCUCACAACGACGAAAUAAACGAUUUCAUUGUGACGAAGACGACGAGAGCGUACCGAUGACGAGGACGAGACCAUACCAACGAAAAACGAACGAUCUUCACGAAGAUGCCACGACGUGACAAAGUCGGGAACAUGACGAUGACAAACAAAUACUGAAAAAACGAUGCCACGACGAAAACGACGGUAGCAUAACGAAAAACGAUGAUCAAUACGAAAGCACUCAUAGAUUGGGUUUAAGAGUACACUAUGUUCAUUGACUCAACUAAGAGUAUGUCAGGGAUAAAACAAGGAUUCUGUUGAGUUGAGUGUUUUCAAGCAUAUUGUAUCUUUUUUUGUUUUUGAUCACACUAGGGAUGCUUUUGAUUAAAACGUGUUAAAAGGUUAAAUCUAAAGUAGGUUUAUCAGUACGUUUUAAUCGAGUAAGGAAAGUUUUGUAUUUCUCAUGACUCACUUUUUUAACGAAUAUUAAUUAAGUGCACCUUACGAUAUUUGUUUCGUUGGCUUUGAACAAUGUAGACAAGCUUCCCAAAAGGCAGCAGAACACAAGGAGUAACAAGCCAUUUGAAAUGAUACGCAGCCUGCUUAUGGAGGAAGCUGCAUUGAAAGAGGCCAUUGAACAGAAUUUCGCCAGCAGCCGAUUAACUUGUAGUGCAUGCUUUGGAUGGUUUUUGUGUCAAUCAGCCCCUUAACAAAUGAAACGUCUGUAACAUUCUCAUCAUACUCUUUUAUACUCAGCUGGUGAUCAUUUAGAGGUAGGAAUAUCUUAGAGGAAAAAAAACGUAUUUGCUUUUUUGUAUCUUAAAUUUUUCUGGUGACCAAAAUGUACCAUAUGACGAUUAGAAAAAACAUUUUUUAUAGCAGCCAUGGUACUCGCGAUUUCGGACCUUGUUUUACAGUACUGCAACAAAAAGUGCAAGGCAGACUGAAACGUCUUUUUUGACAAAUGUUAUAUAUAUCUGAAGCGACAACGCUUAUUUGUCUAAAGCUCGAUGAGCUUGAUCUUUUCUUGACUAUGCAGCCUUUCGACGUCGCCUUAUAAUAAUUGAUGAUGGUCGAACAUUCUAGUCUCGAACAAUAAACAGUUUUUUUUUUGAUACUUAACAAUAAAUCCGCC